GAUGAGUGGAGGUUGAGCUGUGGCGGUGAGCACAAGGGGCAGUAGUGAGGCUGUGGCCGCCACCGCUAUAACAACACAGCAGCAGCAGCAGCCAUGACCGCAGCCGCAGCCGCAGCAGCCGCCGCCGCCGCCGCCCUCCACCCUCAGUGAUCACUAACAACACUCUCACAACCGCUGUUCCGUGGCUUUGUGAUACUCUAAUUGUUUGUCUGGAGAUAAAGUGUGGCAGAUGUUGCCUAGCGUGGGCCCCGCGGGGGUUUUAGGCGGAGGUCUGCGCCCCCUGGGGCACUCUGGCCUGCCCGCUCACAGUCUGCUGGGGUCGCUGGCGCCCCUGCCUCUGCCCUUCUCCACGGCGUCGACCGUGGCGGGCACGAUGGGCGGCCUCACCGCUCCGUACGUUGUGGAGUCGCUACUGCGGGAGCGACAACUAGCGCGACCCGUCGCAACCAAGCCGCCUCUCCUCCUCCACGACGACCAUCGCGACCACUACUACUACAAGGACGACCCCGCCGCCCACUACCUGGGCCUGCUGGCGCGCCCCGCGGGGCCGGAUAGACUGACACCACCAGCGCCGGUACCCUCCCCGCCCCGCUCUGCCCGGGACGGUGAGGAGGGCGGCGGGGCGGGCGGCUGCGGCUGCGAUGGGGAUGCCCCGCACAGCCCAGACGUACCCAGCACCAAGCCGCAUCUCAAGUUCUCUGUGACGGCCAUCUUGGGGCAUGAUACCCCCAGCCCGCCAGCACGGGGCGACCCCCUCCUUCACGACCACCAUGACACAGAGAGCGGAGGCAGUAUAGCAGACCGAAGUGGUCUACCGCAGCUGGCCAGACCAAGACCCAUCAUACACUCGCCCCUGCAGCCACUACUCUCCUGUAGACCACCCUACCUCAACGUAUAUGGAACAGUGGGGGGCAUGGGCGGCGUUCCCCUUCCCAGUACCUUCCCGUGGGCGGCCAUGGGCGUGGGCGUAAGAGGGAAGCCCCGGCGAGGCAUGCUACGACGGGCGGUGUUCAGCGAUUUCCAGCGCAAGGGUCUGGAAGACCGCUUCCAGGUGCAGAAGUACAUCAGCAAGCCAGACCGUAAGAAGCUGGCUGAGAAGCUUGGUCUUAAAGACUCCCAGGUGAAAAUAUGGUUCCAAAACCGGCGGAUGAAGUGGCGGAACUCCAAAGAGCGGGAGCUUCUGGCGGCGGGAGGCACCCGCGAGCAGACGCUGCCCACUAAGAACAACCCCAACCCAGACCUCUCCGACGUCGGCGACGACGCCAGGACCGCCACCGCCGUCGCUACCUCCAAGGACGAUCUCUCUCUCCAGCCCAGCGACGACUUGUAUCAUAAAGACCAGGACUACCAGGGCCGAAGCGAGGAUGACGCCUUCGUCGGACAACAGGCCAGAACGGACGCCUUCUCGUCGUCGCUGGCGUCGUCGAUGCCGGCUAAGAUACAGAUCAAGGACCUGUCGUCACUCUCCAGCUACGGAAAGGCGUCGGGACCGUACGCCUUUCCAUACCAAGAGGCCGACGGCGACUACUCCGACGAGGACAUCAAUGUCACCGACGAACUGGGAGGCUCUAAUAACGAAGACAGUGAGAAUGAUUAGUCCUCGACGCCUCAGUUGGCAAAGAAAAAAGCUCUACGAUGAAACAAAACGAGCUUGUUGAUGACGUUAAUCGCGCCCUGAUGGGCCAUGGAGAUCGCGUUUUUACCGGGGGUCUCCGACGUUUGGUUCAAAAUGAACCUUUGAGGGAGCCCUAAAAGGUAUCAUGUGUCAAACUUGUUAGUACGGUCGAGUUGUGGUAGUGAUCCUUCCAGCACGUUCACCUCCUGGGUCACUCAUAUCACUUCAACCCUUCCCUCCCUUCCCUCAAGGGUCGUAGCUAACGGUCGUCAUCAGUGACAUUACGUCAACGGGAAUCGAUUCGUCAUGAAUCUCCACAUGACACUAAAUACUUAGCCAAACUGUUCAACAUCUUAAUGCAAGAAUUACCGUUCCCUAAAUUCAUCAAGUUUGAGGUACAAAUGAAGAAGUAAACUUCCCUUUAAGAGAGGUGCCUAGAACCAGGUGAGGGGCUCUUAAUCUUAGGAAUCUAUCUGCAUAACCCAUACAAUUUAGCAUUUCACAUGUGAUAAUAAAAGCUCCUUUAGAACUCAGCAAACCAUGGAAGAAGCAGAUGAGGCAAACACCUCACACAGACACCAAGUAUCUCACAUCCAUGGUGAAGCGGCUAAGAUGGUGCAGGAUUUACAAGGUGACUUUCUAUCGGUUUCCGCAGUGAACUUUUGUCUAGACCAAACUUUAUAUCACCAUGACUAUAGUGUGAAGGAAAGCUGAAUCUCACAGACUUCGCUCGAGUUAUCGAAGUGGGCCACACCAACAGCUGAAACCUUAGGAACAUCUGUCAGAUAUUUCUGGGUGGCCAAGUUAGGCGCUACUAACAACAGUCGCGAGGAACACCUAGCAAAAAUACCUGGAAGAGAACACCUAGCUGAGAACAACCACGAGGGAACCCCUGAGAGGGGACACCUGGCAGGGAACACCUGGCAGGGAACACCCGCGAGGGAACACCUGCCCCACACGACCGUAACUUUACCUGCGUGUUUUAUCAAUAAUAUUGUGAUAUAUGAUCAUAUGGUUUAUCUUUUUACGCUUAUUAUACUUUCUUCCCUCGUACGGUGCGUUCUUUGUAAAUAUGUUUUCGUUGCGAAACUGGGUGGUAGGCGCGAGAGAGGGAGAGAAAGAGAAGAGGGAGAUAAAGGAAGAAAGAGGGGGAUUAAGAUGAGAAAAGAGUAGCGGGACAAUAAAGUGAAGAAGAUAGGGUGAAGACAAAUGAAAAGAGGGAUAUUAAGGUGGAGAAAGAGGAGAAGAAUAAAGGAGAAUAAGAAGAGUUAGAGGCAAAUAUAGCCCCUCCCUCCCUGCCGUAGGCCGACCUCUGCUAGUAAGGGAUGCCUCUCACUCUGCAACCUCUACCUCCAAGAUACGAGUCCUCUCCAAGCUCUGAGCUCCCGUGCCUGGGUUGCAAGCUCUGUGCAUAUGCAGAAUUUGGCAUUUUCAGACCAAAAAAAAAUCAAAUUGAAUUUUAUCUCUCCUGAAAAAUUCAGAUAUUUUAACUCUGAACUCAAGGCUCAUAUUAUGGAGGUGGGUGUGGGCGUGGUGGGCGUGAGCGUCAGAGUCGUGUAUAAAUAGGUGUGGAAUUGGCCCAUGUGUCUGUGUACCGCAGGUGUGGGCGCGGGCUAUGUGUAUGUGUUU